AGGCGGUUCCCUUUUUGCAGCGGAGCCGGAUGUUUGCCGAGCUUUGACAGGCGUGGCAAAAGGAGCGGAGCGCGACCGCGGUUUCUCUCAGGUUCCGCGGGGCGAGGCUGUCGGGGACGGGCUCAGCUAUGGACCCACUUUCAGAGCUGCAGGAUGACCUGACCUUGGAUGACACCAGCCAGGCUCUGAACCAGCUGAAGCUGGCCUCCAUUGACGAGAAGAACUGGCCCUCAGACGAAAUGCCCGACUUUCCCAAGUCAGACGACUCCAAGAGCAGCUCCCCAGAACCUGUCACACACCUGAAGUGGGAUGACCCUUACUACGACAUCGCCCGGCACCAGAUUGUGGAGGUGGCAGGGUGUGAUGAGCCUGAGGGGGCCCGGCCAGGAGAUGACAAGUAUGGACGGAAGAUCAUUGUGUUUAGUGCCUGCCGAAUGCCUCCCAGCCACCAGCUGGACCACAGCAAGCUCUUGGGGUACCUGAAGCACACCCUGGACCAGUACGUGGAGAGUGACUACACACUGCUUUACCUGCACCACGGCCUGACCAGCGACAACAAGCCCUCCUUCAGCUGGCUCCGGGAUGCCUACCGGGAGUUUGACCGAAAGUACAAGAAGAACAUCAAGGCCCUGUACAUCGUGCACCCCACCAUGUUCAUCAAGACCCUGCUCAUCCUCUUUAAGCCCUUCAUUAGCUUCAAGUUUGGACAGAAGAUCUUCUAUGUGAAUUACCUGAGUGAGCUGAGCGAGCACGUGAAGCUGGAGCAACUAGGGAUCCCUCGCCAAGUGCUCAAGUAUGAUGACUUCCUGAAGUCCACACAGAAGAGCCCUGCAACAGCCCCCAAGCCCAUGCCCCCACGGCCCCCACUGCCCAACCAGCAGUUUGGGGUCUCACUGCAGCACCUCCAGGAGAAGAACCCAGAGCAGGAGCCCAUUCCUCUCGUGGUCCGCGAGACGAUUGCCCACCUGCAGGCCCACGCUCUCACCACUGAAGGGAUUUUCCGAAGGUCUGCCAACACCCAAGUCGUACGGGAGGUACAGCAGAAGUAUAACAUGGGGCUGCCUGUGGACUUCGACCAGUACAACGACUUGCACCUGCCAGCGGUCAUCCUCAAGACCUUCCUCCGGGAGCUUCCUGAGCCCCUGCUCACCUUUGACCUCUACCCUCACGUAGUGGGCUUCCUCAACAUCGAUGAGAGCCAGAGAGUGGAGGUGACGCUGCAGGUCCUCCAGACGCUGCCCGAGGAGAACUACCAGGUGCUUCGUUUCCUUACUGCCUUCCUGGUGCAGGUUUCUGCCCAGUGUGACCAAAACAAGAUGACCAACACUAACCUGGCUGUCGUCUUUGGCCCUAACCUGCUGUGGGCCAAGGAUGCUGCCAUCACUCUCAAGGCCAUUAAUCCCAUCAACACCUUUACCAAGUUCCUCCUGGACCAUCAAGGGGAGCUGUUCCCUACUCCUGGCUCCUAGGGGCUCAGAGCACAGCCCCUGCCCACCAGCCCCCUUCUCUGAUAGCCCUUCCUCUGGGAGCCCCAGUUUGGACUCCUGCCCAGGAAGGGGUCAUGAGGCCCGAGGAGAUGAAGCUGGAGACAGCCAACUGGGCAGCUCCUCCUCCCCUUCUUUCCAGUCCACCUCGCUGGCCCUGGAGGCCUUGCUGUUACCAUGGGACAUUUUUCUUCGCCUUAUACUUCUCCUGCCUCCUUGGAUCCCUGGUUCCUGUGGGGCUGUGCAGAGCUGGCCCUGGCCCUUCCAGUGGGAGGACUGGCUCCAGCAGUCCUUUCCUGCUUUCUCCUGCCUCUUUCCCUGGCAGCUGCAGAUGCCAAAAUCACUGUCAGCUGGGAUGGUAGCUGGGCUGAUCCGCCCCCUCCUGAUUGCCGGGGAAUGAAAGGCUGAGCUGGCUUAGGCAGGCCAUGCUGAGGCUCCUCUCUGUCUGGGUGAAGGCCUGGGUGCAAGCCCCCUGCUCUAUCCUCCCCUCAGCAUGGGUACCUCCACCGCUAAGGAAUUCAGCCUGGAGUCUGCUUCCUGUUUCUGCCUUUUUUCCCACGCAUCCUGGUCAGCUUUUCCCAUGUGGCACUGCCCCCAGAAUGUUCUAACCCCUGCUUCUGCUUGGACGCAGCUUGGAUGACAUGGCUGAGUUCUUGCAUCCAUUAGAGAUAGAUAGCACCCCGGGUACCUGAGUAGGGGAGCAGGCUCAGCCUCUAUGCCUUGUCUAAGGACAGCCUCUAGGCCAAAGGCUCUUGCAGUCCUGUGUGUUGUAGAGUCACACUGGUCUCUGCUCUGGCCAGAGAUGACUCGGUGCCUCAGGAUCGCAGUGGCUCCUUCCUCCUACGGGGGCUCCUGAGGGGCUGGGCAGAGAUUUUGCUAGUUAGGUCUAGCAGCCUUCCCCGGGGAGUACCAGUCCCAGGCCCUGUUGUCUUUCUGACAACCUGGACUCCAGUGAUGGUGGCUGUCCUGCAUUCCAACUGUAUCCUUUCUAAUUACACUCCUUCCUGGUGAACACCGAGAACGCCCCUCCUUCCUGUAGUCUUGACUUCUGGCAGGAGGGAAAACCCAGAACAGUGACCCUGUCCCCACAGCCGUGGCCAGAGCCUAGAGCCUUCACCAUGGGGGUCCUCACUGACCAGCCCAACUCCUUUUGGGCGCUCUCCCAGGGCACUGGUGUGUCAGGACUCCCGGUACCUGACUGGCUGCUGGUUCUGUUAGUCCCUGUGUCUCUAGCCUGGGUACAGGCCUGUGCUUCCUCCCCUACUUUGUGUACCAGGUGUUCACAGCCCCUUAUCCUGGGAGCCUAUGGAUCUAUUUGGUCUUCCCCUUUCCCUGCCCCACUAGUCAGUGGGGACUGGGGGAAGGCUUGUACUGUGAAUCAAGUGUACACAUUCACACUUCAUGAAUUCCUUGGCAUCAAUCAUGUAUUUCACCUCUGCACUUUUUGUAUUUCAAUAAAAAUGGAGAUGGAAACUGCCCAUCUGACUAUUAAAGAA